CAUCUCACACGUCAUUGGCAUGAAUAUUUAUAAGUUAUCCCUAUAUAACCCCCGACGGGAGAAUCGACUGGCAUUAGACUAGAACUAUUUAGUUCAUAAUGCAGGCUAUUCUGCUGCUAGUGAUUUUAAGCGUAGUGGGCCAGUCAAUGCAGGAGGAGGGUCAGAAGUUAUGCGGUCGGAACCUGGCGAUCACACUCGCUGCGUUGUGCAGGGCCCAAAGGGAAAAGCAGGUAGGCUACAUGACGUCACUCAAAAGGUCUCGCUACAACUCCAUCGUACCGUCCUACGCGGCUUACUGGCUGGAGCCGGCAAGUGCGCUCCGGCUCGGACGCGGCAAGAGAGAUGGCAUCGUCGAGGAAUGUUGCAACAAGGCUUGUUCCGUGGACGAGCUAGUUGCGUAUUGUCCCCCACAGUGAUUUCUUUUUGAGAAAAUUUUGAAAUUUAGGUUAUGAUUGUUUGCUGAUUGUAA